CAAGAGAACUAUCAGAUUCUUUUGGAUAUAUUUCGUGAUCACAAAACUAUGUUCCCGGAUUCAUGGAUAUUUGAAAUCGAACAACUGGCGCCAAUAACGAGUCAGCCUAAAUCAAUUAGUAGAGACUCUACCAGCAGUUCAGGGGAAGAUUACUGGAAGAAUGAAGUAACGCGUUUACAUUCAAUCAUACAAACAAGGGAGAAGAAUAUAGAAGAUCUGGAAUGGGAUUUAAAAACAACACAAAAGAAGCUUAGGGAUAUUGAAAACAGCAUCAAACAUGAUCCAGAAACGGAAUAUCAACAGAAAAGCCUUACUAAAAACUGGACUUUGGAAGAAGAAACUAGGCCAAAGAGCGGUUUACAACAAAGUGGAAUCUACGACGAACAACAGCAGUCAACGCAAGAGAAAGAGCUUGAGAAGUUAAAGGAAACCCAACGUAGCAUAGAUACACUUAAAGAGAAAAUUAUUGUACUACAACAGGGAAGACAACUGGACAGUGAGAAAUUGAAUAAAGAGGUUAACCUUCGGCAAGCGACACAGCAAGAUAAUGAGAAACUGCGGAGACAGCUUACAGAAAGUCGAGAGGAAAUGGAGAAUCUCAUUAAAGAAAGAACAGUUCAUGAGGCCAACGUCCAGAAACUACAACAUGAUUUGGAAACACUUCAAGAGGACAAACAAAGGGAUCACGAAAAACUUAGAAGAUCUGUACCACAGGACACAAGAUCACAGGACAAAAUGCAUUUCACAGGCCAAGGAGAGUUGCCAAUACUCCAAGAGGAGAUCAAGCUCACACAAACAAACCUUAAUCAUCAACAAGAGCUGUUUAACGUAGAACUUGAAAAUGCUUCUUCAAAAAUAAAAGCGCUCGAGAAUCGUGAGGAAGCACUUCAGUCAGAACUAGAUGAUAAGGAGAAAAGGAUCUGCGAACUCGUUUAUGAGAAAGAAAAGAUGAUGAAGGAUUUGGAACGUCAUCAGCAGAUGCACGAGGAUAUCAAUAGUCAACUCCUAAAACUUCAACAGGACAACAACAGCAAAACAUCAUCCAUAGGGACACUGCUGGAAGACAAGGAACAGUUAACACAACAACUUGACGAAAGGAGCAAAGCAAUUCAAGAUGCUGAAACUCUCAUAGACAAGUUAUCAAUACAGACGACAAAUCUGGAAAGUGAAAAAGAAGACAUUGCAAACAUCAGGAGAGGUCAGAUUGAAAAACUCACGGAAGAAACCAGAAAAAUGUCGUUUACAAUUACGGAAUUACGAAAAGAGCUCCAAACACUAGAAAAACAAAUGGGUGACAAUGAAAACAAAUUAAAGACAGUACAGUUAAACAAAGACCAACUGACACAGGACCUGGAAACAGAACGACAGGAGUAUCUGAAUACUCGUACAGACCUGGAGGAACAGAUUGUGGUACUCAAGGAAGAUAAUACUGCUAUAUCGUCAACUGUUGAAAAUUUAAAACAGAAUGUCGUCGAGCUAGAAAGACAAAUGGGUUCAGCGCGGGCAACCCAACAAACACUGACUAGGACGAAAGAGUCACUUGAGGAAGAAAUCCGCGCUCUUCAAAAUGAAAAACAGAAAAUUAUGAAGGAUAUGCAAGCCAAUCUGGACGACUUUAGAGCUGCAAAUGUUGAUCUUGUCUCGAAGAUGGAUGUACUGAAAAAGGAAAAGGAAACAUUGCAGGAGAAAUUGAGCAAAACAAGUACAGCACUCCAAGAUGCUGAAAUACAUACCGACAUGUUAUUAGCACAGACUACAAGUCUGCAACGAGAAAAGGAAGACAUGGAAAAACACAGCAGAGGCCAGAUCGAAAAUCUCACAGAAGAAAAAGGCAAAAUGUCCACUACAAUUACUGAAUUACAAAAAGAGCGUCAAACACUGGAAAAACAAAUUGGUUCACUUCAAGCCACUCUCCUUGUGUUGAAUGUUGAGAAAGAGACACUUGAAAAAGAGGCUGCCACAUUACGUGAGGCGAAGCAAGAACUCUAUAGUGAUAUGAGCGCCAAGCUAAAUGACCUUCGAGCCAUGAAUUCGACACUGACAUCAAACAUUGAUGCGCUGAAAGAAGAAAAGGAAACAAUACAGGAAAAAUUUGAUGCAAAAGACGAUGAGCUGAAGACCAUCCAGCGAGAAAUGAGAGAAGCAGCAGAACGAGCGAAGAGGAAAUCUAUCGUGUUGAGUCUACGAAGUGAGCGGAGUGGAAUGGGAAAAACAAUGGUAGAUAUGGUUACCAGGGAAGUAACUAAGAGUCUGGAUGGUAAAGUGGACAAAACAUGUAUGGACUUAACGAUACAACCCUACCAGUCGUCAGCAGGUACCCCGUAUGGACCCGUGGUGGUCCUGUGUCUCAACAUGUCUAGGGUUGGAACUAAUAUCCAAGAUGCACUGAAGGGAAUCACAGCAAACAAAGACGUGAUCGUCUUGGUACUGCACCAUACCAGCAAAGAUAACCUCUCUUCGCUAACUCCCACCAGUCUCCGCGUGACUGGAAGUGAGUUACGGCAAUUGGGCGGGAUCCUUGACAUGGCGUUCAGCAGCGACAGUGGACUUUAUGAGUGUAAACUUAAUGACACAGCUAUGGAAAAGCUCGCAACCAUUCUGAAAAAGUACUAA